AUGGGCUGUACUGUGAGCCAGGAAGAUAAAGCCGCGGCAGAGCGCUCCAAAAUGAUUGACAGGAAUCUGCGCGAGGACGGCGAGAAAUCCGCUAAAGAAGUGAAACUGCUGCUGCUGGGAAGCCAGCUCGCUAAUGGAGGUAUGCAUAAUGCAUUCUUCGUGCUUUUAUUGGAGCCUCUGGUGGCCCAAUCCAAGACUGAGGCGAGUACAGUUUAUCUGAAUGACAUGGAGAGGAUAGGAAAAGUAGACUACAUCCCAACCCAGCAGGAUGUGCUAAGGACCAGAGUGAAGACCACUGGCAUCGUAGAGACGCAUUUCACCUUCAAAGACCUGCAUUUCAAGAUGUUUGAUGUUGGCGGUCAGCGUUCAGAGAGAAAGAAGUGGAUCCACUGUUUCGAAGGGGUGACGGCCAUUAUCUUCUGUGUGGCCAUGAGUGCGUAUGACCUGGUGCUGGCUGAGGAUGAAGAAAUGAAUCGAAUGCAUGAGAGCAUGAAGCUCUUCGACAGCAUUUGCAACAACAAGUGGUUCACCGAGACCUCCAUCAUCCUGUUCCUCAACAAGAAGGAUCUGUUUGAGCAGAAGAUCACGCACAGUCCCAUGACCAUCUGCUUCCCUGAGUAUGCAGGUGCCAACAACUACGACGAGGCCGCCGAGUACAUCCGCACCAAGUUUGAGGACCUGAACAAGAAGAAAGAAACCAAGGAGAUUUACCCUCACUUCACCUGUGCCACAGACACGAAGAACGUGCAGUUCGUUUUCGACGCGGUCACCGACGUCAUCAUCAAAAACAACCUGAAGGACUGUGGGCUCUUCUAGAGCACAAAAACUGGAAGACGAGUCGAGAUUACUUGAACAGUUUUGAUGACCAGAGGAAGUAGGGGUGGAAUACGUCCUGAGCAUCUGCACUGGCCAACCACGACUCCUGCUUCCACAUGACGGAGUCCGACACAAUUUCAACGAUUGCCAACAACCUUAGCCUCUGUUCUCCCUCCUUUGACAUUUAAUAUCUGUGUUAUUAACUCCUUGUGCUAUGACCACAAAUCACCAAUUGUUGUAUUAUCCUUUGUCCAUUUUUGUUGUUUAUUUUCUCUCCUUUUGUUAAUUUUUUUUAUUUUUGAGAAAUAGCAGAGGCAAUUUUUUUUUUAUAUGAUGCUUUAAUUUUACUCUAGGAAAUCUAAUGUGCAAGUUUUAUUCAACUUAAUUGCAUAAUGCUU